GCCAUAUCAUGAUCCAGAGACGGCAUCGAUGAUCGAACGGGCGGCUAGAGCUCAGGGAGCAUCAGUUGAGUACGAAGAUUACUAUCCAACGGCUCAAGUGGUAAACAAGUAUAGAUACGGAUCUGAUCUCGUCAAACCUGGCGAGCUCGCGCGUCUAGGGACUCAGAUGCGAAGGUUGCAUGACUGGUACCUGAAAGCCUGUCGAAGAUGUGAAAGCUACAUCACGGUGUAUCUUAGAGAUGAGCAUUACUUCCGGGGGGAAGACGAGAUAAACAUUGAGUUAGAAGAACUGUUUCAGUUAUUCAAUCAAGACGCCCUCGACAAAGCUGUCAUCAGUUGCUACUGCCUGUAAGUGAUUUAUUUGUGUAAUUAAGUUUGUAGCUCAUUCAUUUGCACUAACAAUUAUCCUCAUUAUAUUCUUUGUGUACGCUAUACAUUUAAUUAUGCAGAAUGAAGAAGCUGGAAUACAAAAGAGGCAAGCUCCUACCGCUGGGGUUCAUAGACCCAAACACAGUUCAUAAAGUUACGGUUCGAGACUUCGCCAAGGACACAGAGGACAACAUCGUAAUGUUUUUAGAGAAGCAAGCAGACAAAGAGGAUAUAUUCUUUCCCUACAACUUCAAUUUCCAUUUUAUUCUCCUAAUCAUUGAUCUUCACCUUGGAGUCGUAAACGUCAUGGACUCGAAACGUAAAGAAUAUGCGGAAUGGGCGGACAUGGCUGCCAUCCUCCAGAGGGCUUGGAAACGGUUCAUCAAUACUGUUCCGGGUGAAUGGAAACCGGAGCUUACAUUUAGAGAUUACCCUGUAAGUAGUACUAUAUAUAUAGCUAUGUCCGUGAAACUUUAUAUAUGAUAUUUACUUUCAAUACGAU